UGAUUUCAUUUGCUUGCAACUACAAUAAACGUUGUUUGUUUUGGUUGUGUCCCAGACAAGACCAACUGUCUCUCCGAGUUUGUCUAUUUAUUUACAGUUCCACCAAUCUAGAAAAACACAAACACCAACUUCAACACACUUUCUUCAAUUCAAACACUUUCUUCUCUGUCUUUAAGAACAAGUGCAGAUCUGCACCCUUUGACUCCAAGAUGCUGCUAUUCCUACUCUGAAAAUGGAAAACAAGCAAAGUGCUGCUGGUACACAAGACAAUUCUAUGAUGAUGUCCAUUGAUCAAAGAGUACGCUCCACUAAAGGACGUAGUGAUGCACUGACUCGGCGUCUGAAGAAUCGAGAGAGACAACGUAGAUACAGGGCACGUAAGCGUUUAGAAGCUGAUACCACGGACUCUUUUGUUGUAGAACCGACAGCAGCAGUGCAAGAAGAGAUACAGCAAAAUGGGAAUCACAACAAUUUCGUGACACGGAUAUAUUGUAGUCGAGAUUGGAAAAAGGAUGCAAGGCGGGCUCAUGUUGCAAAGCAUCAAGAGAUGAAUGGACCUAUUGAUCAUUCAUUGACACUAACUAAUGUACCUGAGGUGAAAAGCUUAAGCGUCGUGAAUAAGUCAGAAACAAUGCUAGAUAGGGAAAUUCAAUUGGGAUCUUCUAGCGUUGUUUAUAAUGAAACACCUAGGACUGUGCUCGGUCGCAGAAAUUGGAAAGCAGAAGCCAGAAGAAAGAAAAACUAGUGAAUUUGUUUUCAUUUCUUCUUUUGAAGAGUACUUUUACCAGUGGAUUUCUGUUGUAUAAUAAAAUUCAUUUAGUGUAAAGAAUGAUGGAACCUGGUAACAUAAUUUGGACGGCUUUGAAAUUACGAGCACCGAGAAAAAAUGUGUUUCUGUCUCAUUUUCUACUUGGCUAUUUCAUACUUUUCAUUGCAGACACAGAAAGGGCAUUGAAAAACAUGCCUAAAACUAACUUGACUAUGAUGAUUGUUUGA